CUGCGGUCAUCAUUUGCGGCGAUUUGUGUUGACUUGCAAAAGAUUUCUAUCGUGAAUUCUAAUAAUCGAAGUGUUCUAGAUUUCGCCCUAAUUUUUAACGCGUGUUGCAGACAUUUUUGUUUAUCCGUAUAUUAUUUGAUUAUCGUAUGUCCAUCCAGAAUCUCAACACAUUUGACCCCUUUGCUGAUGCAAGUAAGGGUGCAGACGAUGAUGUUCAAGACGGACUCGUUCAUAUAAGAAUCCAACAACGGAAUGGUCGUAAGACGCUAACUACUGUACAAGGACUAUCAUCGGAGUAUGACCUAAAGAAAAUUGUACGAGCAUGUAAAAAGGAAUUUGCCUGUAAUGGAACUGUAAUAGAGCAUCCUGAAUAUGGUGAAGUUCUUCAGCUGCAGGGAGACCAGCGUGAGAACAUUUGCCAGUGGCUUACGAAAGCUGGACUAGCUAAGCCUGAUCAACUUAAAGUACACGGCUUCUAAUGCUUCGUGAAAUUAAUCAAUAUUCUCAGUAGUUUUGUUACAACACGAAUCAUCCAAGUCCAUUAAUCGAAAUCCUAACUAAUCGUAAACAAUGUUUUUUAUUCCUAGAUAAAAUGUAUCUGGGGGCGUUUGAUGUCUUUAGAGAAAAUCGUAAUAGUCGAUGCAAUAUAUUUCUUGGUCUCUACCGUUGAACCUGCUAAUCUCUUUUGUAAUAGUCGUUUAAAAUUUAUAGUAACGAAGUUAGAUACUGCAAGUGAUAUAUUGUAAACACAUUUUGUAAUCAGGAGAUCAAUUUUAUAUUGUGCCUUUCCAAUAAUAACGUUAAUUUUCA